ACGAAGCAGGCCUCUCACACCGGAUGAAGUUCAGAUCCCACAUCAGUUCAACUUCCGGGUGGAAAUAUUGUGCAUGAAGUAAAGAAAUCUGCUUGCAGAUUGGGUUUGGACUAACUUCUCGGCGAACUUAAAGCUUAAGUAAAAUGUCCCGAGGCUCGAGUGCAGGGUUCGAUCGGCACAUCACCAUCUUCUCUCCCGAAGGAAGACUCUAUCAAGUCGAAUAUGCUUUCAAGGCCAUAAACCAAGGUGGACUCACAUCAGUAGCAGUCAGGGGGAAGGACUGUGCAGUUGUUGUAACACAGAAAAAAGUACCGGACAAGCUUCUUGAUGCCGCCACAGUGACCCACCUUUUCAGAAUAACAGAUAAUAUUGGAUGCGUAAUGUCCGGGAUGACAGCUGACAGCAGGUCUCAAGUCCAGCGAGCUCGCUACGAGGCAGCCAACUGGCAGUACAAGUACGGUUAUGAGAUCCCAGUGGACAUGCUGUGUAAGAGAAUUGCUGACAUCUCGCAAGUCUACACGCAGAACGCUGAGAUGCGACCACUGGGCUGCUGUAUGAUCGUGAUCGGCAUAGAUGAGGAGUACGGCCCCCAGGUGUACAAAUGCGACCCAGCAGGAUACUAUUGCGGCUUCAAGGCCACAGCUGCUGGGGUGAAGCAGACAGAAGCCACCAGUUUCUUGGAGAAGAAAGUGAAAAAGAAACUGGAUUGGACCUUUGAACAAACUAUUGAGACGGCAAUCUCUUGUCUGUCAACUGUUCUGUCCAUUGACUUCAAGCCCUCUGAGCUCGAAGUGGGCGUUCUCACAACACAGGACCCCAAGUUCAGGAUUCUGACAGAGACUGAAGUGGACACCCACCUGAUGGCCCUGGCAGAGCGGGACUGAGCGAGCAGAGACGCGUCACCUGUUGGAUUAACUUAGAGCAUGAUGGGAUAUGCAGUUCCCAGAAGGAGACCGGUGUUAUCUUUGUUUGCUGUACAUUUACCCCACUGUUUCAUUCAACAAUAAUAAAAAAAAAAGUUUUUGGAGUAAAAUAA